ACACUGUUACCAUCACAGUAUUGGUACUAUAUAACUGAGCUGAGUUUUUAUUGGUCACUACUGUUCAGUAUUGCAUCAGAUGUAAAACGAAAGGAUUUUAAAGAACAAGUAAUUCAUCACUUAGCAACCAUCAUCCUGCUGAGCUUCUCGUGGUGUGCUAACUACAUCCGCGUGGGAACCCUGGUGAUGAUUGUCCAUGACUCAUCUGACAUUCUGCUGGAAUCUGCCAAGAUGCUUAACUAUGCCGGGUGGAAAACCAUUUGUAACUCGCUCUUCAUUGUCUUUGCUGUGGUAUUUAUAAUCACCAGGCUUGUCAUCUUCCCUUUCUGGAUCAUUCAUUGUACUUGGGUCUAUCCAGUUUAUCACUAUCCUCCAUUCUUUGGAUAUUAUUUCUUCAACGUCAUGCUGGCUGUCCUUCAACUGCUCCAUAUUUUCUGGGCAUACCUCAUCUUACAAAUGGUUGCAAAGUUCUUCUCCAGCAAAGUAAGUUGUUUCUUGACAUUGAGGAAUGUUCAGUAUGUUGAGUUCUCGAGUUGCCUCUGUCAGCUGUAGGUACAAGCAAGCACAGAGACGUGUACUGAUACUGGGCAAU